GAUGUUAAUAAUAUUUUUAUUUUGACUUCGCCUUGUCAAAUCAAUUAAAAAAUCUUGUUUCGUAAGGAGCUUUUGUGUUUUUGCUACGAUGAAAAUGAUUUUCUAUAUAAUUAUUUAAUCAAAAAAUAUUUAAUAUCGCUGUGUUUGUAUUUCAAUCACUCCGUGAAAAUCAACAUGACUGAAGAAAAUAGAGAUAAAACCGAAGAAAACAAAGAAGAUGAGAAUUCGUGGUCAUGGAAAUCGUGGUAUUCAGCAGCUAAGAAUAAAUCCGGAGAAGUAUUUGACUACUUGAAACAAGACCUGAAUGAGAUAUCGACUACUGUAAAAAGUGAAGCUUCGAGCUUUCUGAAUACUACUCGAACUGCCAUUGUAGAUGGAAUUCAAAUCACUAAUCCGGAAUGGACUUCUGCUACCAGCACUGUGAAAGAAUCUGUUUCUUCGAUAUUGUCUCAAGUUAGUAGUGCAUUAAGUCCGCAACCUUGUGACGGAGAUGAAGAACCUUUUAUAGUUGAGAACGAUAAGAUUGUUAGUAUUUCAAAAUUUCAGAGUAAACUAUACUUACUAUCAGCGGAUACGAGUACUUAUUUGAAAGAUAUCGAAGAAACUUUAUCAACGCGAUAUAGUGCUUGGUUGGAAAGCCUCAAACAUUACGAAUUUGAUCCACUUUCUAACGAAAAAUUAACCAAACUAUUGUUAACCAAUUCCAGAUUAAAAGAAAAUUAUGAGAAAUUAGUUCCAGAACAGGUUUCCCAUGGGGAAUUCUGGAAUCGGUUUCUGUUCAGAAAAGCUUUACUAGAAGAUGAAGAAGCAGAAAAAGUUAGAAAGAAAAGCGUCGAAAGUAAAAUUGCUGAUAGUUUGCAUUGGGAUAAAGAAACAUUGGGUUCGCAUCUGUCGCUUUCUGAAGAAGAACAAAAUCAACUAUUGAAAGAGUACGAAGAAGAGCUUAGUUCGAUAUCAACCAAACCUGAAACUAUUGAAACCACCAAGGAUGAGAUUACCAAACAAAUUCUAACUUCCAGCGCAACCAAUUCUAUAUCUGAAGGUUCAUCUGCUCAAUCACUGAAUGAUCGAGAGAGCAGUUCUGACGAUUGGGAAAAAGAUUUUGAUAUCGAAGAAAUACCGCAGAAUGUAUAGUCGUAUAAUAUCAUGAAAUAGGUAGUAGAAGCAGAAACCGUGUCCUUUUGAGUAAUUUUAUAUAAAAACUUUAUAUAUUCAUUUGUUAAUAUAAAUCUUCAUUUUA